UUUUACAUCUAAAUCCAAUAACGAAAAAGAAAAAUUAAAGAAAAGGAUAGAAAAGUUUAUAGUAAAUAUUAUAUAAUUAUGAUAAGACGCCUUGUUAAAUUAGCAUCCCACAAAUAACUGGGAACAACAAAUCAAUAACCAAGCAAAUUUACUAUCAUGAAUAGCUGCACUUAUUUCUCUAGUUUAUGUUCUUAAUAAGCAUUUCAUAGAUUCUCAACUAAGAAGUUAGGUAAUACUAAGAGCACAUAAACAAGCACAUUUCAUAAAACUCCUUUCACGAAUGGAGAACCUUAAGUAUCAUCUCUUUAGUUUAAUUUAGAUGAAGAUGAAUGUCCUGAGUUAAAUGAAUUGAAGGAGUAUUUCACAACUUAGGAAUAGGAUGACUUAGAUUAAAAUGAUGAAUUUUUAGAAGAUGAUGAAAGAGGACUCACUUAAUUCGACCUUAAUGAAGGUGGUGAAAGUGAUUUUUCUGAAGAGUUCGAAAAAGCAAUAUAAAAUAGUAAUUCAAAAAGACUUAAUAAUGAAAAAUGUUUAUUUGAUUCAAAGAGCAGUCAAAAUAUUGGUCGUAAUCCACAAUAAAAAGGCUUAUUUUCAGCUCUUGAAAGCUAAUAAGGUACUGAAUAAAUAGAAGAAUCUUAAGAAAAAAAAGGGCUAAUGUAUUUGAGAAAGAAUAAAAAUCAUCCAACUUUUUUGGAAAAAAAAUUCGGCUUAAAUAUUUCUAGUGAUCCAAGAGAGAGAUAGGCAGAUUUACAAAAGUUUGUCUUAAAGGCCCUUUAGCUCUUAAAUGCAAAGCAAAUAUAACAUUUUAUUUAGAUUAUUGAAUACUUUAAAAGCAAAUUAACUACUCAUAAUUUCAAGAAAUCAUAGAAUGUUCAUGAAGAAUUCUUUAUGAAAUAGGUUUAUAAGCUAUUUGAAAACAACUAAGCUGAUGAACUUAUGGAUCUAUUUUUAAAGUGCGACUUAAUUGAUAUUAACAUUAAUUUAUUUAACAACAAUGUAGUAGACUACGAAAAAUAAUAUGAAAUUAAAAAUAAAUUUAAAUAAUUUGAUUCAUUUUGCAAAUAAAAUUAACCUAAUGGCAACCACUUCUUGUUGAACGAACUUGCUGAAAAAUAUAAUAAUAUUGAUUACUACAAGUAUUCAUCUUUGUAGCAUGAAGACUUGGAAAAUUAAAUUGAUGAAUUAGAUAUUGACACAUUUGAUAAAAGCAGCACUCACCACAAUAAAAACUAUUCUUAAAACGAGUCAGCUAUUGAACAUUAAUAGGAAGAUAUUUAUAAAUAAAAGCAAGUUAAUGAAUUUAAAAAAUCAAGUAAAGAAUCCUCAAAUGUAUUUGAAGGAAAAAACAAAUAAACAAAGUAAAUAGAUAGUACAAAUGUUGAUAUUUUUUAAGGCGAAAUUGCUAUGGAUAAAGAACACUAGCUAUUUUAAAAAGUUACCAUGUAUGAAUAUGAAAAGCAUGGCAGCAUUAAAAAUUUAGAUUCAAAAUUAUUUGAGUAAUUAACUCUAAAUGAGAAUAAAAACUCAAUAUAAUAAAAAUAUGACAUAUUCAAGAAUGACAGUCUCUAAAAAAAUUGGAAUUCAAGUUUGCUAGAUGAGCAAGAAAUCCCUUUAAAUACUUUACCAGAAAACUCAUUAAGUAUCAACUAGAAUCUUAUCUUUAGUGAAAAUUUAAUGCUUGAGCCUACAGUUUAUUCUUAAUAAAAGAUAAUGCAAAUAGGAAGAUAAUUUGAAAGCUAAUUUGAUAAUAAUCUUAGCUUAAUUGAUGAUAUAGAAAAUGAAUAGUCAAUGUCAAACAGCUCCAAUCUCCCUCUUGUUUCUAACUAAGCCUCUGCCAUAAACAUAAAAUUACAAGAAAAAGAUUUUUAUGAACUCCUUAAUUUAGAGUCAGAACGUGCAGCAAUAACUACAAAGAAAAUCAAUAGAAUUCACAAUAAUAAAAUGGUUUUGAAGUCUGCCUUUGAAGUCAAUGUUUAACAAUCAGACGAAGUUAUCCUCUUAAAGCAAGAAAAAAAUUUAAUCCCUAAAAAAUUUGAAAAAUCUAAUUGGGUUUAUUUAUAUAACUUACCUUAUGAUUUGAACGAAGUCCCAAAUUAUACUACUUACUUAAAGAAAUUCAUAGAGUCUUCAUUUGGCGAAAUCGAAGAUAUGAACUUCUUCAACUAUAGAGAAUUCUUCGAAAUUGAAAGAGUUAAGGGUAAAGAGGAUCCAAUUCAUAGAAAUUUAAGAGAUUCCUUACAAGAAUAAUAUAUUUAAACAAAUGUCACUUCUAACUCACCAUCAUCCCCAAAUGGCGAAAAAACUAAAAGAAAAUCAACAAAAACUGGAAUUAAUGCUCUAAAUGAUGAUGAGCUCUUGGAACAUAUCUACUAAAACAACUAGAUCAAUCCAGAUUUUUGUAAUAAAACCUUGAAGAGAACUGAAAAAAUUCUUGAAAAAAUAUAAAAUAAGAGAGAGAAAAAGUUUAAUAGAAGUUAUGCCAUGAUUAAAUUUAAAACUUAUGAGCAAAAAGAAAAGGUGCUUUCUUAAGACAUCAGAUUAUUUGGUAUCUAAAAUUUUAAUGAAAUGUUUUACUUUGAUGAUGCUGAUUACAAGAGAACCUUAAUUAUCACUAAAAUCCCUUGGGGUAUCAAAAUAGAGUAUUUGAUUAAUAAAAUCAAUCAAUAACUCAAUAAAUGCGGUCUUAAGCAUGUUAAAAUCUCAACCGAAAACAUAAAUCUGUCCAAAAUUCUUACUAAUUAUUACUUAAUGGUAAAAAUGAAUGACUUUAAUGAUAGUUUAGAUGUCGUUAACGCUUUCAAGAAGCACGAAUUUUUCAUUGAAAACUAUAGACUUGCAUGUCACCACAGCCACGGUAGCUUAAAGUAAGGACCUCAAGGUUUCUAUGAAAUUGUAGAUACUUACUCAAGUGUAUAUAAAUAAGAACUACUUGAAAGAGUCCAAGAAAGAAAGGUAUUCGAAAUCUGGAAUAUUUAUAAAGAAAAUACUGGAUAUUUAAAUACUAUUCGUGGAAAUAUGCCUCAUGACUCUUAAGAUAGUAUUGAAAUAAAGGAAGAUGAAUUAGAAGAUUACAAUGAAUAUGAUACUGAAAAGAUCUCAGCAAGCACUUAAUCUAAUUAUAACUUCUAGCCAUUUAACUCCUCAGCUGCUGGUUUUUCAAAAUCUUAGUAGUAUUCCUAAUAAAGAUCAAUGUCAGACUAUGGAUACUAUGAGCCACAAGAACAAUAAGAAGAAUAACCUUCAAAUGAUUUGAUUGAAGAGAUCAUAAACAAAAAAAAAUGA